CAAUCAACAAACUCACUUUCAUAUUUACCAAACAACACUAUCUAUAUCUUAAUUUGAUAUCCAAAAAUCAUGAAUCGUGCAACAGCAACAAGCAAAGCAUGGAUGGUGGCUGCAAGUGUUGGAGUUGUGGAAGCUUUGAAAGAUCAAGCUGGUAUUUGUAGGUGGAAUUAUGCUUUAAGACAAGCUCAACAACACCUUAAAAACCGUGUUAGAUCAAUUUCUCAAGCAAAGAAUUUCUCUUCUUCUUCAUUUCUUGCUAACAAACUUAAGGAUGAGAAGAAGGCAAAACAGGCAGAGGAGUCUUUGAGGACUGUCAUGUACUUGAGCUGUUGGGGUCCCAAUUGAUUAAUUUGUACAUAGUGAUAUUAGAUUAGAUUAUUUAUGUAAAGUUUGUAAUAUCAAACUACAGUACUAUUAUUAUUCAAUGAGGAAAGUUUAUUCUUCACAUA